AUGGAUAGAUUAUCACCCGAAUACAGAGCAGGAGUUAACGAUUUUAUCAAAGUUGCUACUCAAGAUGCACGGAGAAGGAAACUAAAGAAAAUCUUUUGUCCAUGUGAAAUAUGUGUUAACCAUUGUCGUAAAACUGAAAGCGAAGUAAGAUAUGAUUUGUUCCGCUAUGGUAUUGACCAGAGCUAUACUUGUUGGACUAAACAUGGAGAGAAUCUUCAUGCUCCUCAUGCUAGUAGCUGUACUGUUAAUUUUGAAACUCAUACUUCUACAGAACAUGAGUUUGAAGAGGGGCCAUUGGGUAAUAUUCCAGACAGUACUAUAGAUGAUGCUCCAGAUUAUGUUGCAGAGGCAACAAAGAUGGUCGACGCGAUACUAGAGGACUUUCCAGGUGAUCGUAGAAAGUUUGAGAAGUUAAUAGAGGAUGCUAAGAAGCCUUUAUUUCCAGGAGACUCGAAACUUACCAAGCUGUCGGCAAUAAUCAAGCUGUACAACUUGAAAGCGAAGCAUGGAGUAUCAGACAAGUUUUUUGGUGAGCUUUUAGAUUUGUUGAAGAACGAGAUGUUUCCUGAUGGUAAUGAAAUUCCUUCUUCUACAUAUGAAGCUAAGAAAUCCAUUAAUCCGUUAGGGUUGAACUAUGUGAAGAUACAUUACAUAGCAAGAAAAUUGAUAUGGCAUGAUCGUGAUAGAAACAAAGAUGGGUUGCUGCGUCAUCCAGCAGAUGCUGAAGCAUGGAAGGCGAUUGAUGAAAGAUACCCUGAUUUUGCUGAGGAUCCUAGAAAUAUUCGCUUAGGAGUGUCAGCUGAUGGAGUGAAUCCAUUUCGUGGUAAGAAGAAAAGUUAUAGUUGCUGGCCUAUCCUAACAGUGGUUUACAACCUUCCCCCAUCGUUAUGCAUGAAGAGAAAAUUCAUGAUGCUUACAAUGUUAAUUCAAGGACCAAAAGAACCAGGCAAUGACAUCGACGUUUUUUUAGCUCCGUUUAUUGAUGAUCUGAAAUUAUUGUUUGAUGAAGGGGUCGAAGCGUAUGAUGCCUACAAACAAGAAAGGUUCACAUUAAGGGAUGUAGUUUUGUGGACAAUAAGUGACUAUACUGCACUCGGCAAUUUGAGUGGCUGUACUGUUGGUGGAUAUGAUGCUUGUGCAACAUGUGGUGUGAAUACACACUCCACAUGGCUUAAGUACUCUAAAAAAGUUUCAUACACUGGUCAUAGAAAAUGGUUACCGUCUGGCCAUCGUUACAGAUAUCAAAUGAAGCCAUUUGAUGGCAAUCAAGAAUUCGGUGUGGCUCCUGAACCAGUGAGUGGGUUACAAAGGUUUGAAGAGGCGAAGUCAAUUGAAAAUGCAUGGGGAAAGAAAGGUAAUGGCGGUAGAACAUUGGGAAAAUCAACAAGGUCGGAGUUUGAGGACGAGGAUUCAUCUAAUCUGAAGAAAUUGUCAAUUUGGGCAAAAGAGCUUGAAUACUUCAAAUACAAUCUUGUCCAACAUAAUUUUGAUCUGAUGCAUAUAGAGAAGAAUGUGUGCGAGAGUUUAGUAGGGACAUUGCUUAAUGAUCCUUUAAAAACGAAAGAUGGUUAUAAAGCUCGCAUGGAUUUGAAUGAUUUGAAGAUAAGGCCUGAGUUAAAACCUGUUGUUGCAGGAAAAAGGAUGUAUCUUCCUCCUGCCUGCUACACAUUGACGAAACAAGAGAAUGUGAAGUUUUGCAAAACAUUGUACGAGUUGAAGGUUCCACAAGGGUACUGUUCUAAUUUUAGCAGUCUGGUGUCGCUAAAAGAUAGCAAGUUGAUUGGUCUCAAAUCACAUGACUACCAUGUUCUUAUGCAGCAAUUCUUGCCACUUGCGGUUAGAUCGAUUCUUCCAAAGAACGUAAGAAAUACCAUCAUUAGAUUGUCAUCCUUCUUCAAGUCAAUAUGCAAGAAAGAGAUUGAUAUUGUUGAAUUGGAUAAUAUACAAAGGGACCUGGUGGAGACAUUAUGCUUACUUGAGAAGUAUUUUCCACCGUCUCUUUACCAUCAUGAUUCAUCUCACCGUGCAUCUAGUCAGAGAAGUGAAAUUGUGUGGACCAGUCUUUACUCGAUGGAUGUAUCCAUUUGA